UAUGUUGAAGAGAACAUUCAAGUGUCUUUACAUUAUAGGACGUCGUCUCGUAAUACCAGUUCUGGUUGUUAUUCUAAUAUUACUAGUCGUACUAUCCUCUAUCAAGGACCUAUCCAUUAUUUCGAAUGGAACUUACGGCUUACGUAAAUUAAAAGCUAAAUUUCUUUCAACUGAGAAUGUUAUCGAGGACAUACUAUAUUCGAGCUCGCAACCUCCGCCAGGACGCAGCAUUUUCUUUCAUGAGACCAGCUGCAUUUCUCCAGAUCGAUUGGGUAUCGAACCCAAGAUUAUGAAUUUGACGGCUCGACAAGCCUGUUGCAUAGAAUCGGCUGCUCUAAAUAAUCCCAACUUCCAAAUUUUUACUGUGUUUUCUUGUCCCACUUAUCGUCCACUCGUCGGUCGUCAAAAACUUCUCGUCGAUGCCAUCGAAAGCUAUGAGAACGUGAACCUCCGUCAUUUGAGUCUAAAAACCUAUGCUUCAGGCACUCCUAUUGAAGAUUGGGUCCAAAAGGGCGAUUUGCUUACCUCUAGGCAAGUUUGA